CAAGAAGCCUAGAACCUUCUACUACUCACUGAAAUCCUUCUACCCGUUUCUUUAUCAAAGCCCUCCUCACUUCUGUGAUCUUCUACCCAUUCCCAUAUAUCCAAAAACCAAAAUUUCUGCAGCAUUUUUUUUUGUAAGCCAAAAAUGGCCAGGCGUUUAAUCCCAACUCUCAACAGAGUUCUGAUUGAGAAGCUUGUCCAACCCUCCAAAACCACUGCUGGUAUUCUUCUCCCAGAAAAAUCCGCCAAGCUUAACUCAGGAAAAGUGGUGGCAGUGGGGCCAGGGUUGAAGGAUAAGGCAGGAAAUACAAUUCCAGUAGCUGUUAAAGAAGGUGAUACAGUGCUUUUGCCUGAAUAUGGUGGCACUCAGGUCAAAUUGGGUGAAAAAGAGUAUCAUUUGUAUAGGGAUGAGGAUAUCUUGGGGAUACUUCAUGAUUGAUUAGUGAAGGAUUAAUAAAUCUGGAUUGAUUGAGGUUACUUAAUGAGCUAAGAAGAUUGUGUGUCUGAGAUUACUUUUUUCAAGUGUAACUCUAGUCAUGUGAUUGGUGGAAACUACCAUGUUACUUUGAUCAUUGAUCCAGUGAUUAAUUGGAGGACCUUUGAUUCCACUGCUCUAUGCUUGCUUUUCUUUA